CUUAGUUGGAAGCUCUCUUUUUAUUACUCUUUGGCUCCAGAUGGUAUCCUACCAAAAAACUUCGAGAUAAGUGCGAUGAAGUUCAAAUAGUAACAAAAAUUUGUUGAUAUAUAGAUAUAUGUAAAAAUUUUGACUCUAAAUGGUAAUCGACCGCACCAUAACAAAAAUAUCUACAUAUACUUAUAUAUCUAAAUAUUUUUGUUACUAAUUGAACCUCACCACAGUUUGUUAUCAUUUAGAGUUUUUGAUACAGUUGACAGUUGACGGUGCUGCAGUGUAGAAAGGUUGGUUACCAUUCAAAACUUUUGAGUACGAAGUCUAAUGUCCAACCAUUUAACCAGAAAAAAAAAGUCUCUGUCCGUGACAAAAUCCAAAAGUCUUUUCACCUUGUUUGUUUUAGCCGGUUGUCACCUAAACUAGAGAAUAAAUAAUUGGAUAAAAUCAUCUUUUUCACUUACUGUUUAUCUGUUUUUAUGGAACACAGCUAACAAGUUAGAGAUAUCAGAUAUCCCCCUCUCUACAAAGAUCCAAAGCAGGGAGCUUUCUAGUCAAUGCUGCUUGAGAUCUGAGUCUGACCUUUUCCCUUCAAUUUCUCUCUGAAAUCCUCCAAAAAUUUACCCAUCAGGUAAGAAGAUGGGAACUAGUUUAAACGACACAUUAUCUAAGAAGUACAGUGGUUUGGAACUCUGGGAGAUCAUAGCUAUCGUUCUCUCCGCCAUUUUCUUCCUAGUUUUAGCUAUAUCCCUAUAUCUUACUUUCAGAAAGAAAACAUCUAAACCUUCUUCUAACCAAACCCCUAUUAGCCACCAGACUCCUCCUAACGUCCCUGAAGAGAUAAAAGAGAUCAGAGUCGACGACGUUUCCUCAAGCAACGGCUACCCCACCAUCAGCGAGAAGUUUUCUCAUAAAGAACCUGAAAAAGAGACACUAGCAGUAGCAGCAGAGUCAGAGAACGGUGGUGAUAGUAGCCGCUCAGGCUCCUUUAACCACUCGGAGAAGAAAGAUGGCUCCAGCGUCUCUUCUGCUAAUCCUUUAACAGCUCCAUCUCCUCUGUCUGGUCUUCCAGAGUUUUCUCACCUCGGAUGGGGACACUGGUUCACUCUCAGAGAUCUUCAGACGGCUACAAACCACUUCUCCAGGGAUGGUAUCAUCGGUGAUGGCGGGUAUGGAGUUGUGUACCGUGGUAGCCUUGUUAACGGUACUCCUGUAGCUGUUAAAAAGCUGCUCAACAAUCUAGGGCAGGCUGAUAAAGACUUCAGAGUAGAGGUUGAAGCUAUAGGUCAUGUUAGACACAAGAACUUGGUCCGUCUUCUUGGUUAUUGCAUGGAGGGGACGCAGAGGAUGCUGGUGUAUGAGUUUGUUAAUAAUGGGAAUCUGGAGCAGUGGCUACGUGGAGAUAAUCAGAAUCAUGAGUAUUUAACGUGGGAGGCACGGUUGAAGAUUCUUAUAGGAACAGCCAAAGCGCUUGCGUACCUUCACGAGGCGAUAGAGCCAAAAGUGGUGCAUAGAGACAUAAAGUCUAGCAACAUUCUGAUUGAUGACAAGUUUAAUUCUAAAAUAUCGGACUUUGGACUUGCUAAGCUGCUUGGUGGUGAUAAAAGUUUUAUAACUACUAGAGUUAUGGGUACCUUUGGUUAUGUAGCUCCAGAGUAUGCGAACUCCGGUCUUUUGAAUGAGAAGAGUGAUGUCUACAGCUACGGAGUUGUACUCUUGGAAGCUAUAACUGGUAGAUAUCCUGUAGACUAUGCUCGCCCACCCCCUGAGGUACAUUUGGUGGAAUGGAUGAAGAUGAUGGUUCAACAAAGACGUUCAGAAGAAGUGAUUGACCCUAACCUCAACACAAAGCCAUCUACAAGUGCCUUAAAAAGAACACUCUUGACUGCUUUGAGAUGUGUUGAUCCAUUGUACGAGAAACGACCUAGGAUGAGCCAAGUUGCACGUAUGCUGGAAUCCGAAGAAUACCCAAUUCCUAGAGAGGAUAGAAGAAGACGAAGGAGUGAGAACGGGACAGCAAGAGACUCAGAUCCUCCUAGGAACAGUACAGACACUGACAGGACUCAAGAGUGAGUACCAUGACCAAAAAGCCUGAAGCUGAAUAGCAUUGGAGAUAACCGAGGUGUAAAUUAUUGUAAUAAUGUUUUCAGAGCUUUAUGUGAAGCAAGUCCUGUUUCUUCUCUAGAUCUUCUCUGUUAUGUGAUAUUUCUUCUUCUCCAGGAGAGUGUGUCUGUGACUCUGUGUGUUCAUUGUCUGGUUUCACAUCAUUACAUCAUUUGCUUGUGUAUAGUGUUUUGUUUGUUGUAUUUAUAGUUUACGUUUUGCAA